AUGAUACGGGCGGCGCCGCCGUUAAAUUCGUCGGCUUUCAGCUACACACAGUGUUCGAAGUCGUCCUCGUCAAGAACCGCUUCGUGGGCUUCAACCGUUUGCGGUUCUUUUUCGAGGAAAAACGCGUACAUACCAAAGCUGGAGCCUUUCGACCGGAGCAAGUUCGAUAUCGCUCUAAACCAGCGGCCUUUGAUUGAAAAAACCGGAAAUGAAAUCACCGAUUAUUGUUUGAAGCUUGAAGGAGACGAAUGCUACGACUGCUGGAUGGCUUAUUUCGAACUCCAAGAUCUUGAAAAAGAGAUGCCCAAGGAUGAUGUGGAGAGACUGAUAAUCAGGGCAAUCGAAGCAGGUGGAAUGAAAACGCUGAUUAGCUACAUUCACGGAGUCUCGGCCAUUUACAAGAGGGCGAAGAAGGAAGGCAACAAUCCAGGGAAUCGGGUGAAGAUUGAUACAGUGAGUCAGGUGAAAAUCGAGAGCACAGAACAAAGGCGGUGCCCGAUUCCCGAUGGGUUGCCGAAAACAGAAGAGGAGAUUAAGGAGGAAGAGGAGGCUAAAAUGCCGGAUUCGCCCUUCACGAUACUGCUUAGAGCCAAGGGACGAUAUCCCGCUUGGUACACCCCUCGACCGGAUCACGAGACAGAUUGA